AUGGGCAAGAAAAAUAAGAAGUCCGCCGAGCACAAGGAGCGGGUAGCAGCAAAGCAAUCCAAGAAGGCUGCGCAAAAAGAAAAGAGGCACAAGACAAAGGGGCGCGACGCAGAUAGUGACACAGAAGAUGUCGAUCUGGAUGCGAUCCUGGCUCAAUAUGCUGAAGAGCAAGCUAAAUUCCUGAAGGUCACUGAGGUAGUCUCAGGACCGCCGUCUCCACGUACCUCUGCUACAAUACUUGCGUCUCCCUCAAACCGGAACGAGCUCUUGAUAUUUGGUGGCGAGCACUUUGAUGGCACGCUUGCUACGUUCUUCAAUAAUCUCUUCGUCUACAACAUUGAUCGAGAUGAGUGGAAGGAAGUUACCAGUCCCAACAGCCCUCUACCUCGAAGCGGACAUGCAUGGUGCCGUGGAGGAAAUGCCGGAGGUGUCUAUUUGUUCGGAGGUGAAUUCUCUUCACCAAAGCAGGGGACGUUCUAUCAUUACAAUGACUUUUGGCAUCUCGACCCUGCCACCAGAGAAUGGACUCGCCUCGAAACCAAAGGCAAAGGCCCGCCAGCUAGAAGUGGCCACAGAAUGACAUAUUUCAAGAACUAUAUUAUCCUCUUCGGAGGGUUUCAGGAUACUUCACAGCAAACAAAGUACCUCCAGGACCUGUGGAUCUACGACUGCUCAAAAUUCACCUGGUUCAACCCUACACUGCCCCCGGCAGCUCAAAAGCCUGAUCCUCGGUCAUCAUUCUCAUUCUUGCCACACGAAUCUGGAGCCGUACUGUACGGCGGUUACUCCCGCGUGAAGGCGUCCACUGGGGUGGGAGGAAAGCCACAGAAGGGUGGUCCCCAACGCAUGACCAUGAAGCCCAUGGUCCAUCAGGACACUUGGUUUCUACGAAUUACACCACCUGACGCUGAUGCCCCUGCGUCCGCGGCUCCUACAGUACGCUGGGAACGCCGCAAGAAGCCCGCAAACUCGCCCAACCCCCCCCGUGCCGGCGCCACUAUGGCGUACCACAAAGGACGAGGUAUCAUGUUCGGCGGUGUCCAUGACGUUGAACUCAGUGAGGAGGGUAUCGAUAGCGAGUUCUUUGACACGCUGCUGGCUUGGAACACUGACAGGAAUCGUUUCUUCCCUCUUACUCUUCGCCGUCCAAGAGCAACCGGUAAGAAGCAGCAGGCUAACCAGAUGAGAUCUCGAAAUCGGGCAAAGGCCGACGAAGAGGAUCUUCUCCAGAAUUUGAAAGCUUUAGAAGCAAAAGGAGGGCUCCGCGAUCUGGACGAUGAUGACGAGUUUCAGCGAAUCGCUGACAGAAUGGAGGAUGAGCCUACGGAGCCAGAGAAACCCUGUAUUGUACGUUUCGAGAUGCCUCACAAGCGUUUCAAUGCACAACUGGCCGUGCAAGACGAUACCCUAUUCAUAUUCGGCGGAACAUUUGAGAAUGGUGACCGGGAGUUCACUUUCAAUGAUAUGUACUCCAUUGAUUUGGUGAAACUCGACGGUGUCAAGGAAAUAUACUACAAGGAGCCUGAGAACUGGCAUCUUCUCAACGAAGCGGAGAGUGACGAUGAGAUGGAUGAGGACGAUGAAGAUGAAGACGAGGAGGAAGAAGACGAUGACGAAAACGCAAUGUCUCUGGACUCUGCUUCUCCAGCACCUACCGAGGUCACAGUACCGUCAGUCACCCAGGGAAUGGAGCAGCUUGAAGUGGAGGAACAGGAAGCAGAGCCCUCUGCGCAGGACAGCCGACCUCUACCCCGACCCUUUGAGAGCUUGCGCGAUUUCUUUAGCCGUACGUCUGAGGAGUGGCAGAAGAUUCUGCUAGAUACCUUGAAAGAGAAGGGCAUUACGGUGGAGAAGAAUGUGAAGGAACUACGCAAGGAUGCGUUCAAUAUGGCGGAAGAAAAGUGGUGGGAUAGCAGAGAGGAAAUCAUGGCUCUGGAAGAUGAACAAGAAGCCGCUGGCAUUGGUGAGGUUGUUAGCAUCGCUGACCGAACUGAUAACCUUGGUGGUGCUGGGCGACGCAGGUGA